ACAGGUUUAGAUCAUCAGACUAAUAUACACGCCUCUCCAUGUCAGGAGUGUGUUUGAGCUUAUAGUGUGUACAGAAGUGUGUGUGUGUCAGUUUGGACAGGAAACCGUACAGCCCAAACUGCUCCGCUCAGGCUCUCUCUAUCCAUCUACUCCUUCUCUUUCUGCAAAACUAAUCAAGGCAUCAUGGUGGCCCACAAGGAGUUUGCUUCGGCUGGGAAGACCACUGGUCUGCAGAUUUGGCGUAUAGAGAACAUGGACCUCAAACCUGUUCCCAAGAACCUGCAUGGUAGCUUCUACACCGGAGACGCCUACCUGCUGCUGUACACCACGCCCGCACCAUCCUACUACAUCCACAUAUGGAUAGGAGGUGAGUGCUCGCAGGACGAGAGUGGAGCGGCGGCCAUCUUUGCCGUGCAGCUGGACGACCAUCUGGGUGGCGGUCCGGUGCAGUUCCGUGAGGUCCAGAAUAAGGAAUCUGUCAACUUCCUGGGAUACUUCAAGUCCGGCAUUAAGUAUCAGAAAGGUGGUGUUGCAUCUGGUUUCCAUCACGUGGUGACUAACCAAGUGAGUGUGAAGCGUUUGCUGCAUGUGAAGGGCCGGAGAGCGAUCAGAGCCACUGAAGUCAACAUGUCCUGGUCCAGCUUUAAUAAGGGUGACUGCUUCAUCGUGGACCUGGGACAGGACAUCUACCAGUGGAUCGGCAGCGAGUGUAACCGCUUUGAGAUGGUGAAGGCGUCUCAGGUGGCCAUCGACAUCCGUGAUAACGAGCGCAGCGGAAGAGCCAAGGUGUCCAUAGUGGAGGAAGGUUCAGAACCCCAGGAGCUUAUUGAUGUUCUCGGCCCCAAAACGAGCAUCGCUCCUGCCACACCUGAUGACGAGAAGGUCGAGACAUCCAACAAGAAAAAGGGAGUGUUGUACCUGAUCUCCGACGCCACUGGCUGCAUGAAGACCUCUGUGGUGGCUCCUUCCAGUCCGUUCAAGCAGGAGAUGCUGUCCCCUGAUGACUGCUUCAUCCUGGACAACGGCGUGGAUGGCAACGUGUUUGUGUGGAAAGGUCCGAACGCUAACACGGAGGAGCGCAAAGCUGCCAUGAAAGUGGCUCAGGAGUUCAUUAAGGAGAAGAAUUAUUCCAAUGAAACACAGAUCCAGGUGCUGCCUGCAGGGGGCGAGACGACUCUCUUCAAGCAGUUCUUCUCUAACUGGAUGGAUAAGGACCAGACGACGGGCCCCAGAAAGGCCUACACCAUUGGCAAGAUCGCACAAGUGACUCAGGUUCCCUUCGACCCCUCCACGCUGCACACCAACCAGACCAUGGCCGCGCAGCACAACAUGGUGGACGACGGAUCUGGAAAGGUUCAGAUCUGGCGUGUGGAGGGCGGAGCUCGUGUCGCCGUGGAUCCCGCCUCUUACGGUCAGUUCUUCGGAGGCGACUGUUACAUCAUUCUGUACAGCUACAAACAGGGCUGCCGAGAGCAGCACAUCAUCUACACCUGGCAGGGAUUAAAGAGCACUCAGGAUGAGCUGGCGACCUCCGCCUUCCUGACCGUGCAGCUGGACGACUCCAUGGGCGGAGCUCCUGUCCAGGUGCGGGUCACUCAGGGUCAGGAGCCUCCUCACCUGAUGAGCUUGUUUAAAGGAAAGCCCAUGAUCAUCCACAGUGGAGGAACGUCCCGUAAAGGAGGACAGACGCAGGCGGGAACCACACGUCUCUUCCACGUCCGCACCAGCACCACUAAAGCCACUCGGGCUGUUGAGGUGAACCCGUGUGCCUCCAAGCUCAACUCCAACGACGUGUUCGUCCUGAAGUCUCCUAAUUCACUCUUCGUGUGGCGGGGCGUCGGUGCCAGCGACACGGAAAUUACAGGUGCCAAAUUCGUGGUCAGUUUCCUGGGAGGGAAACCCGUCGACGUCGCCGAGGGCAAAGAGCCAGCGGAAUUCUGGGCCGCUCUGGGAGGAAAGAAGGAAUAUCAGACUUCCAAAACUCUGAAGAACACCAUCAAACCUGCUCGUCUGUUCGGCUGCUCCAACAAGACCGGCCGGCUCACGGUCGAGGAAGUUCCUGGCGACUUCAACCAGGCUGAUUUGGCCACUGAUGAUGUCAUGCUGCUGGACACCUGGGAUCAGAUCUUCCUGUGGGUGGGCAAAGAAGCCAACGAGGUGGAGAAGACCGGAGCUCCAAAAAUCGCUAAAGACUACGUGGCCACAGACCCGGCCGGCCGGUGCGGUAUCCCCAUCACCAUCAUCAAACAAGGCAACGAGCCUCCGACCUUCACAGGCUGGUUCCUGUGCUGGGACCCCACGAUGUGGGACAUCAAUCCCCUGGAGAAAAUCCGCACUAAAUGCUAAUCCAUCAAUCAUCAUCUGCUCUAUCUGCUAUUUGCACUUAGCAGGCACUGAUGCACAAACGGUUUUACAUAUUUUUUCUUUUUUAACUCUUUAUUAUUGUCUCACAUAAGAAAACUGAUGCAGCAUGACAGACGUUCAUUUUCUGUAAUAAGUCUGGAAUAAUAUCCAUGAAAUUAAUUUUACAUUGGUGUUUAAAAUCUCUCUGAGUUUCUCACUUCCUGGUAAACUUUACACAAUAUCAACGAUUAACGAUGUGAUACGCUCAUCACCGGACAUCACGUCUGAUCCCAGGUGCUUAAGUCCUGCUUUUAUAACAGAUUUUUACCAGUUAUCGAUCUAGCGAUCUAAUAGCAGCUAGCUAGCUCAAAUACGUUCCGGUGAACACUGUGUAAGAUGCUAGACGCAAAUAUACUUAAUAAACUUUAACAAUUUA